AUGUAUGGCCAUGUCAUUGAGCUCCAACUUCUACGCCAUACUGUAAGAGAUAAAAAUGGUACUAUUGUUAGUCCCACAGAAGAGAAGUUCUCCAUGUCUGGUGAGUUGAACUCGUCUUUGCUCAACUUGAGAUACUUGACCUACCUGGACUUAAGUGGGAUCUAUUUUGAACAUGGGAGAAUACCUGAAUUCCUUGGUUCGAUGAGACAAUUGAGGCACCUUGAUCUAUCAUUGGGUAACUUUCAUGGAGCGGUUCCUCGACAAUUGGGAAACCUCACUGAGUUGCAAGUCUUUGAUCUUCAUGAUGAUGAUGGAGAUUUGGUCAUCGACGAUACCCUGUGGGUUUCUUAUCUUCGAUCACUAAAUUACCUCGACAUGAGUGGCUUAAAGAUUGCCAAAGCAAAAGACCUCAUGCAGGUGAUCAGCAUGCUCCCAUCUUUAUCACAUUUGAGCUUAUCAGCUUGUGGACUUCGCAAUUUUCAUCUUUCUUCUUUUCGCUUGGGCAAUUCCACUUCUCUAGUUCAUCUUCAAUCUCUUGAUCUUUCAAGAAAUCUCCUCAAAGGUCCCAUCCCAAAUUCUAUAUUUUGUAACAUGACUUCUCUCCAGUACCUUGAUCUUUCAUUAAACUCUUUCAAGUCUUCAAUCCCCACGUGGUUUGACAAGUUUGCAGGCCUCAUUCAUCUUCAGUACCUUGAUCUUUCAUAUAAUUUCCUCGAAGGUCCCAUCGCAAAUGUUAUAUCCCAAAACAUGACUUCUCUCCGGCAUCUCUAUCUCUCAUGGAACUCUCUCAACUCUUCGAUUCCCGCAUGGUUUGACAAGUUCACGAGCCUUGUUUAUCUCAAUCUUGAGGGAAACCAUUUUCUCAGCAUCGAAGGAGGCUUAUUCUCAUUCUUGAAGAGCAAGAAGUACCUCAAAUCAUUGCGAUUGGGCUAUAACCUAAUUGGAGACGAUAUUUCGACGUCCCAGGGGAAUUCUUCAGGAUUCAUGGAGAAUAAUUUAGAGAUUUUAAUCCUACAUAGUAAUUCUCUUAGAGGUGCUUUGCCAAACUGGUUGGUGCACUUUACACUCUUGAGAUACUUGUUGCUUGGCUACAACUUCUUCUCGGGUCCAAUUCCUACAGUCAUCGGAGCAUUGCCAAACUUGGUAAGAAUAGAUCUUUCCUACAAUCAAUUGAAUGGGACCAUUCCAUCAUCAUUAGGCCAAUUGCGGGCUUUACAAGACUUGCACCUUUACAGCAAUCAAUUGAGCGGCGCCAUACCUGAUAGUUUUGGAGAACUUUCCCGACUUUCGGUUCUUUAUCUUUUCAGCAAUUCUUUGGAAGGAGCGAUUUCGGAAACCCAUUUUUCUAAUCUGUCCAGGUUGAAGUAUUUGGAUAUCAGCGACAAUGACAACUUGACUUUCAAGGCAGAACAUAGCUGGAUACCCCCUUUCCAACUUAAAUUCAUUCGGAUGAAUUCCUGUAAAUUCGGAACCACAUUUCCCCAAUGGAUGCAGACACAAGUGGAAGUCAAUGAUAUAUCUCUCUCCAAUGCUUCAAUCUCUGGGGCUUUGCCUAAAUGGUUUGGCAACAUGACAUUCAGCGAGUUCAAUCUCUCGUUCAACCAGAUUACCGGACCCUUGCCCAAUAUAUCUUCUGACUGUUCCAUCCUAGAUCUCUCCCACAACUUGAUCUCUGGACCUCUUCCAGCCCAUAUCGGCGAGAUGUACCUAGAUACCCUGUAUCUGAACGAUAACCGUUUCAAUGGCACGAUACCAUCAUUCUUAUGUGACAUGUCGGAAUUGUUUGACUUAAAUCUUGGCGGUAAUAAGCUAUCCGGGAGUAUUCCCAACUGUUGGAAGGGUUUUAGAUUAUCUUACUUGAUUUUGUCAUUCAAUAAGUUGUCAGGAGUGAUUCCUAGCUCAAUCGGAUCUUUAUAUCAACUUUCAACCCUUCACUUGAAUGGAAACCGUCUCAAUGGGGAGCUUCCUAUAGCUUUGGGUAAUUGCACAAGUCUGGUAAUUUUAGAUCUUGGAGAGAAUGACUUCUCUGGAAGCAUUCCGACAUGGUUUGGCGAAAGCUUUCUGCUCUUAAUGAUCCUGAGGCUUCGAGAGAAUAGUUUUACUGGCAGCAUUCCUCCAAAGCUUUGCUCACUCUCAGGAUUGCAAAUUCUGGACAUGGCAGUGAACAAUCUUACGGGGAUGAUCCCACGUUGUCUUGGCUAUAUCAGUGGCAUGAAAAACUUCAAUCAAGACAAUCUAUCUCAUCUGGAUUGGAAUCGAGAGCAUGUGGUUGAGAUCUUGAAGGGAAGAUAUAAUGAAUACACCAAAACUCUUCUGCAACUUGUGGUCAAUAUGGAUCUCUCGAGCAACAACUUGAUCGGGUCAAUCCCCGAAGAACUUACUUUCCUUGCGGGAUUGCAUGGUUUGAACUUGUCACACAACCUUCUCUCAGGAGACAUUCCCAAUGGCAUCGGGGACAUGAAGUCACUCGAGUCUCUUGAUCUUUCCAACAAUCGUCUCUCAGGAACAAUUCCAGAGGGCAUUUCUGCGCUAACAUCCCUAGGCCACCUCAACCUUUCGCACAACAACUUCACGGGGCAGAUUCCGAAAGGCAAUCAAAUUCAGACCCUCGACGAUCCUUCCAUCUACGCCGACAAUCCUCUACUCUGCGGAGAUCUUCUGAAAAGAAGAUGCCCUGGUGCUGAAGCGCCUCAGGCACCGAAAAUCUCUCACCCUGGCGAUACACGUGAAGAGGAUAAGAUUGAAAAAGCGUUGUUCUGCGUGGUUGUAAUGCUUGGGUUGGCGACUGGGUUUUGGGGCUUUUUUGGAGUUUUGCAGUUCAAGAAGGAUUGGAGACGUGCAUAUUUCAGCUUUCUGGAUCAAGCAAUAGACAAGGCAUAUGUGGCUAUAUUGGUGAAGGUAGCCAAGUUGAAGAGACUGAGACAGUCAAGAAGCACUUGAGUAAUGAGCAAUCUCGAUCGUGCCCUCUCUCUUGCCUUUGG